GCCAGGCAAAGUGAUGAAAGUUAAGUGGCGCAGCCUAAGGUCGUUACCACUCUCGUUACCGUACGCGUCGUUCUCUGCGUUCAGUAGACGAUGACCACUCGCUGGCGUCGCAUCGUUCCUCCCGUUGAAAACCUGCUCGUAAACCGAUGGACAUGAGGACCAGGUUGCCAACAUUGUUCCUGUUGCUAGGAUGGCUAUCGUGUCUGUUGGUACACAGAGUUCACUCGUUGAACCCGGACGCUGGCUCUUGGGUGCGUCCCACUCAGGGCGAACCAUGGCCCAGUCCAACAAAUCGCAUAGUGCGCAAUGCGUUCUAUCUUCUACGACCCUCGACUUUCCAGUUUAACGUGAUUGGCGGCGCAUGCGAUAUUAUGACGGAUGCGGUGGAGAGGUACAAGGCAAUUAUUCUAACGGAAGCACGAAUAGCGAAGAUUUCGUCGCAAGACCAUCCUAAAUUCCCAGUAAGAGACGAUGCAACCAUCAAAGGUACUCUUAGCGCUUUGGAUAUUCGCGUGACAAUGCCUUGCGAGAUGGAUGGCAAUCACUGGCCUCAUUUAGAGAUGUCGGAAUCAUACGCUCUCGUGAUCAACGAAAACUCUACAGUCGCGAAUCUGGUAGGUGUGUCGAUAUGGGGAGUUCUUCGAGGUCUCGAGACUUUUUCUCAGCUCUUAAUCCCAGCUGGCAAUGGUUCUCACCUGAAAAUCAAAUGUCAGACCAUUCAGGAUGCUCCAAAGUUUCCUCAUCGUGGACUACUGUUAGACACGUCUCGUCACUAUUUGCCCAUCUCUGAUAUAAUGCUAACUCUGGACGCCAUGUCUUACAAUAAAAUGAACGUUCUUCACUGGCACAUCGUCGAUGACAAUAGCUUCCCUUACCAGAGCUCCAGUUAUCCGGAACUGUCCGCCAAGGGAGCGUACCAUCCCUCAAUGGUAUACACAUUAAACGAUAUCCAGACGAUCGUUGACUACGCCAGGCUAAGGGGCAUCCGAGUGAUGCCGGAAUUCGAUACUCCUGGACAUACUAGGUCAUGGGGUUUAGCUCAUCCUGAACUAUUGACCACUUGCUACGAUAACGGAGGAAAGCCAAACGGGAAAUUAGGCCCAAUGAAUCCGACGAAUCCGCAGCUUUACGAGUUCCUCAGUCGUUUAUUCGCCGAGAUCGUGCAAGUAUUUCCGGAUCAAUACGUUCAUCUUGGCGGCGAUGAAGUGCCAUUCGAUUGUUGGAUGAGCAAUCCAGUGAUCAAUUCGUAUAUGAAAUCGCACAACAUGUCCAGCUAUACGCAACUCGAGAGCGAGUACAUCGGCAAGCUUCUUCAUAUCACCAAUUCUCUUCAGGCGAACACGAUCGUGUGGCAGGAGGUAUUCGAAAAUGGAGUCGUCAUGCCGAAUAGUACUGUGGUGCACGUGUGGACCGGCCAAUGGGCGAAGAAGUUGGAGAACGCGACCAAAGCUGGACAUCCGGUAUUGUUAUCAGCCUGUUGGUAUUUGGAUCAUAUCGCUGGUGGCGGUGACUGGAAGAAGUUCUACAAAUGUGACCCAUUGUCGUUCGCCGGGGUGUCAUCAAACUUGACUAAAUUGAUGCUGGGUGGCGAAGCUUGCAUGUGGGGAGAAUUUGUCGACAGGAACAAUGUGCAUUCAAGAAUAUGGCCUCGUGCUAGCGCAGCUGCAGAGCGUCUUUGGAGCAGUACGAAACCAGACGAAUACAAAGCUGCUCAACGCCUCGAGGAGCAUGCCUGUCGCAUGAACAGGCGUGGUAUUCCGGCGCAACCACCGAAUGGGCCUGGAUUCUGCGUGAUGUAAUGGAAGGACAAUUAGCUUAACAAUUCUAUUUAGGCGUGCCAGAAACACACGUCACGCUUUAACAAGUGAUUAAUGAUUAUUUACAAAAAAAAGAAGCCGCAAUGUAAUAAAGAAUAAAGAGUUUCCAAAAGUU